CAGCUGGAAUGAUGGCAAAUGAUACUCAAUAUACUCACAGAAGUAGGGAUGCUGAGAGCAAUGGUUCAGGGAGAAGGUUCAGAUACUGUACUUCGGGUUUUGGAACAGCUGGUACAUCCGGUUUAAGAAGGUCAUCUAGGGAAACAUUAUUGAGGAAACUAAUCACCUCAAGCCCAUCAAGUACACGCAAGUCUGAGAGACUUGAGAAGUUGGCACCAAACACGUCCCCGUUUAAGAGGACAUUUGAAAAACAUAAGAUGCCAAGUCCUUUGAAAAGAUCUGACAGUAAGCAACAGACUUCAUCAAGUUCUUCAGGAUCAAAGAAGCCUGAGAAAAGUUCUGGUUCAACAGACAUGAAGCAGAACAAAAAAAGAGAGAAGAAUGUAAAGCAAUGGACAAUUGAAGCUAGUGAAGUUCACAAAACUGGGAAACAUGAUUUGAAACCUGUUGGCAGGAAAAGAAAGAGAAUGGAUGCUCGUACUUACAAGUCUUUAUUUAAGCUACAGCGAAGGGGUAUUGCACUAGAUGUUGAUGAGGAACCGGAAAAACCAGUUAAGCUGUCUCGAAUUGAUCGCAGGGAUGUUGGAGUUGGUGGUUCCAAGCAAUUGGAGAAUAGGGUGGAUGGGGGUGCUGAGUGCAGUGGAAAAUUGGUAGAAGAAUUGAGAGAAGAAUGUGUUGAGAUAGCUUCCGAAGGAGCUCAGGAACCAUCCAAUUCUAGUAGAAGAGGUUUUGAUGCAGAAGAAUUCGGAAAUCAUGUUGAAGGAGAAUUGUCAUACGCUAGCAGGAAGCAUAGUUGUGCAGAGGAACCCUAUAAGCGGGUUGAAUCUUUUAUGACAUGUUCUAAAAGGCAAAGUGAUGAUAACUCGUUAGCUGAAGUUCACGUGGUUCAAUCUGAGGAAAGAAGAAUAUUGUCUUACUCCUGGAGGAAUCUUUAUCUUCUAUUGAAAAUGGAGAUUUCAAGACUCUGUGAAACUCUAAAGCUUUCGGUAGUACUAUCUCAUAGGGUGCAUCUGUCUUUUUUGCAGGAGGAUAUCAGGGUUAUGGCCAAUAAUUUUCUUGAAUAUGUUCUUGAGAAUCAUCAUGUCAAUCAGGAACCAGCAAGUAUAUUACAUGCUUUCCAGAUAUCUGUGUGUUGGAUCGCUGCUUCAUUGUUGAAACACAAAAUUGAUAGGAAGGAAUCUAUUUUGCUGGCAAAGGAUCACCUAGAUUUUAGUUGCAAGGAAGAAGAGGCAAACUAUGUGUAUGCAAAGUUGCGGGUGUUGAAAAAAAUGUUCUUAACCUCCACAGAUAUUGCCAAGGAAUCACGUUCUUCAAAAGAUCACAUCUCUGCAGCUGAAGAUAUUUUGAAAGAGCCAUUGGAUGCAGGGGAGUCACAUAUGAGGGCAUUAAAUCUGCACAAUCUAAAACUGGAGGGCAAAGGGGGAUCACGUGAUCGGGAAUCUGUGGUUGAAUUGGUCCUUUCGCAGCAGGAACAGGCAUUUAUUUGCAAAAUGGCAAAGAAAGAAAUGCCAAGAAGUGUCAGACGAGUUCAGAAAAAAUGUAAAAGGCGGAUGACAAAUCUCCUUCAACAGCAACAGGAGGAAAUCCAGGGGUUUCACAGAUUUUGGGUGGAGGAGUGUUUACGACUGGAGAAAGAGCACAGAAUGGAGUCAGCCCUUGUACGCUCUAUUCACAAUAAUAUUUCAGUGCAAAUGGAUAAGCUAAAUGCAUUACAUGAUGAGUUUGCAGAGAAAAUGGAAGACCACAAACACCAGAAGGAUAAAUGCUUCAAAGAUCUUGAGACGAAGCAUUUGGCUGCAAGGGUUGAGGAGGAACAGAAGGCGGAAAAUUGGUUGGCAGAGGUAAAAUCCUGCACAAGUGAAGACAGAGUACUCAAUAAGCUGCCUUUACAUAGGUCCAAAUCUAACAACAAGGUGGAGCACUCUCAGGCUGGUGAAUAUAAAACUGACAAUGGCCCUAAGAGCGUUGUCCACGUGCCUGAACAUCCUACAGAACACAUUCCUGAUAGAAUUGAGCAUAGUACGCAAGUGAAUUGGGUGGCACCAGCUGAAAUUCCUGAUACUCUUCUGAAUGAAACUGUAGGCAAACCCACUGAAACUAUAAGUAUUCCUAUGAAUCCAGUAUCUGUGUAUGAUGAUGAUGUGGAGGCUCUGGCUACGGGCAGAGCACUUUUUGCUAGAAUUGAGCAGCCCAGCGCAGUAGGCAGUUCCAGUGAUGGUACUGAGAACAUUGUUUCCGCAAAUCUGCAUUCUUUUGAAGAACAGACAUCAGAUGUAGUUCCAUCAAUUUUGAGAGUUGAAGAGGUCCCAUUAGAUGUGUCUGAAACAAUUCCUAAUGAAGUUGUAUGUGUUGUUGGUUCUGUACAAAUAGGAACUACUGCUGUGGUAUCCAAUGCAGAGAAUGGAAGAGAAAAUGAAAUUAGGUUUGAUGUACCAAAUGCUUUGGGAAUCCAGAGUGAUGGUGCCAAUUGCUCCUUCAAUGUUGUGUCAUCUUCCCAGGAGCCGUCAUUGGUAAACUUACCUUUAUUACAGCCAGUUGUUUCUCCCACUUGCAGUGAUCUUUCGCCGCAGAAUCUGGCGCUCCAGGAUGAAGGUUCUCAAGCAUUGGCAUCUACUGGAAUUCUAGAUGAAGAUGCAACUCUUCAAGGAAAUCAGAGAACUUUGCAACAAGAUGAUGUUCAAGCUUUGCAACCUGUUGGUGCUGGAUCCAUUGAUCAGGCUUAUCAUGAAGCACCAUUGUUAGAACCUCUUGAUAGACUGUGUCGGUCAAUGUGUAUACACGAGGGUCGCGAUCAACAUGAUUUACUUUCAGCUAAUGAACUUGGUCGUGAACCUUGUAGUGAAGGGCACAUCUCUUCCCAAAAUGCUGAGUCAUCUUUCCUGUUGGCUGUUAACCAAGCAGAGCUUCCAGGUCAUGCUACUUCACAAACAGGGGGAAAAUUAGUAGUGCAUUCUUCGACUGUUGCUACACAAUUACCUCUUGGGAAUAAUCAGCCUGACUUAAGUUUGCCUGGUAGAGUCCAAAAUCAACUAAGUGGCAAAUUCCAGGUCUCUUUACAAAAUGUUGAGGCUCCACCUCAGGUGGUUGAGGUCAGAGUCGAGCUUCCAAAUCAAACUGUUUUGCAACCUGGAGAAAAUUUAUCCAGUGUGCAAGGAUUUAACCACGUUCCAACACAUAGUGCACACCAAGAAGCCUUCGGGAUGCCAACUCUGUCUUUAUAUACUGACCCACUGCAAAAUGAAUUGGAAAGACUACGUAAAGAAACAGAACAAGCGAUCAAGGUUCAUGAAGAUACGAAAGUGUGGCUGAAAUCUGAAUGCGACAAGGAGAUUGCUCAAAUUCGUAGCAAGUAUGAGGCUAAACAUCAGGAGGCUGAGGCAGCAUUCCUGCUGAAAAAAAAUGAAGCUGAUACAAACCACAAGAAGGUUCUCAUGAAUAAGAUGUUGGCAGAAGCCUUCAAGUCUAAGUGCCAGGAUCUCAGGCAUAAUGGGACCUUGGGAAUUUCACAAGCUAUGCCUUCCAGUUUGAUGCAGCCUACACCAAGACCUCUUGUCUCUGGUUUGUAUCCAGCUGGCCAACCUCCAGCCAGUCAGCUGAUCACCCCACGCCCUCCACGAGUUCACCAUUCAGCGGCACUUUUAUCCAGCAGUAUGAGCAGAACUCUUCAUAUUAGCUCUGUUACCCCUUCCACACGAAAUCUCCGAGUCGGUGGUGAGAUUCGUGCCCCAGCCCCCCACAUUCAACCUUUCAGACAUGCAUCCAUGUCAGCUGCCAGUCUCGCAUCUCUACCACGUGGGAUACCUUACCAGCAGGCACCAAAUAACCUGCCUGAAACUGCUCCCUCACAUCCCCAACUUCCACCCCAACCAACCCCACCAUUACCAACCAAUCACUCUGGACCUUAUAGGAGGUCUCCACAACCUGAAACUGCCAGAGGCUUGCCAGCUCAUAGUUUGUCGCUUUCUGCACUGGAGUUGCUUAUGGACAUUGAUAAUUGUACCAGUGCACAUCAGUCUAACAGUUUGCCACCUCUACCUGAUUUUAGUGUCAACUUUGGUUCAUUAGACUUGUCCGAAUUUGGAGCACUGGCUAGCGCACAUGUUAGCUCAACCCCUUCUGCUGUAGCUGCUGAUGUUUUUUGUUUAUCCGAUGAUGAUUGACCGGUCAACUUUGCUUGAAAAAUUGCUGCUUGUCUAACUUUUGUCCAACCAGGCCUUGCAACAUUAUUUGUGGGAGGAGCUCGUGUGAAUUGUAAUGGCUAACCAGAGUAAGAUGUAAAAAUGUCUUUUUAUCUAAUUUUUUUUAUCACAUAAAUUUCUGGUUGUAUAUAGUUGAAUGCUUUGCUUUACUAAAAUAGGAUGUAUAUAUUUAUGUUUCUUUGCUUACUCUGUGUGUUUGUGAGAGAGAG